AUGAAAACCUCUCUCAGAAAGUUGCGAGGUUUCGCACUUCACAAGCACGAUGCUAAGGACCGGAGAGAUCUUCGGCCUUUGCCCCAAUUGGACGAGCUAGCUCAGGCUGCACAGGGAAUGCAAGAUAUGAGGGACUGCUAUGAUAGCUUACUUUCUGCAGCUGCAGCCACAGCCAAUAGCGCUUAUGAAUUUUCAGAGUCACUGCGGGAAAUGGGUUCUUGUCUUCUUCAGAAAACUGCACUAAAUGAUGAUGAAGAAAGUGGUAGAGUUCUACUAAAGCUAGGGAAAUUGCAAUUUGAACUCCACAAACUUGUUGAUAGCUAUCGCUCUCAUAUCUUCCAGACAAUUGCAGUUCCCUCAGAAUCUCUUCUUAAUGAACUUCAAACAGUUGAGGAGAUGAAGCGUCAAUGUGAUGAAAAAAGAGAUGUAUAUGAGUAUAUGAUAAAGAGACAGAAAGAGAAAGGGAGGUCAAGAGGUGGAAAAGGAGAGAGCUUUUCUGUGCAGCAAAUACAAUUGGCUCGCGAAGAAUACGAUGAGGAGGCAACACUAUUUAUUUUCCGGUUGAAAUCUCUGAAGCAAGGACAGUCUCGUAGUCUUCUCACACAGGCAGCUCGUCAUCAUGCUGCUCAGUUGUCCUUCUUCAAGAAGGCACUUAGAUCUGUGGAGUCAGUAGAGCCACAUGUGAAAUUGGUAACCGAGCAGCAGCAUAUUGAUUACGAGUUCAAUGGGCUAGAUGAUGAAGGGAAUGGAGACAACAAUGAUGAUGAUAAUGACGAUGAUGAUAGCGAUGUGAAUGAUGAUGGAGAAUUGAGCUUUGACUAUGGACAACGUGACCAUGAUCAAGAUGUUUCUACAUCGCAAAAUUCAAUGGAGUUGGAUCAGGUGGACAUUACCUUUCCUAAAUUAGCACAAAUGGAAACUCUCAAGGACAGAUUCCAUAGGAAUUCAUUUUCCUUUAAGGGUAGGACAGUAAGCCAAUCAGCUCCACUUUUUGCUGAAAAUAACUCAGAUCGAGCAGAAAAAAUGAGACAUAGGCAGCCAUCAUUCUCACGGAAGUUCCACUCGUAUGCACUACCUACACCAAUUGAUAAGAAGAGUUCAGUUUCUACUGGAUCAGAUAAUCCAGUGCCCCACACUGUACAGACAAGUUUAAGUGAGCGAACGCAGAAUUUGUGGCAUUCAUCCCCUUUGGAACCAAAGAACGAAAAAGCCAUGGGAGAGAAGAAAGUUUCUGGAAUCAAUUUUAUGAAUGUGCAAUCAGUACUCAAAGAGAGCAACAAUAAUAUUGCAUCACAUCAAUUACCCCCUCCUCUCACAGGUCGGUAUUUGUUUUCGGAGCAGGUUCCACUGGCUGCUUCUGACUCUAAAGAAAGAAGAAGACAAGCAUUCUCUGGUCCAUUGACAAGUAAGCAUUGGGCUUCCAAGCCUGUCUCCUCAGACCACCACCAAAUGUUUUCUGGACCUAUAUUACGAAAUCCAGUGUCUCAACCUCUGUCAUCUUCGCCUAAAGUAUCCCCAACUGCUUCACCUACCUUUAUGUCCUCGCCUAAAAUAAGUGAGCUUCAUGAGCUUCCAAGGCCCCCUGCUAGUUCAACCUCUAAGUCUUCAAGACCUCUGGGCUUAGUUGGUCAUUCAGCUCCCUUGGUUCCUAGAACACAAAUGCAAUCUGCAACAAAUAAACCAGCGGUGUCACCUACAGCCGCAGCUCAAUCUGCAACAAAUAAACCAGUGGUGUCACCUACAGCAUCUCCUCUGCCAACACCUCCGACUAUCGCCCGUAGUUUCUCUAUACCCUCGAGGGAUCCUGGAGCUAUGGAGUUUCAUGUAACCGAACCACGAGAAGGUUCCCCUGUUCCUGAAAUGGCUGCAGACAAUGGUUCACCUCCUUUGAGUCCACUAGCCUUACCUAACACAGCUAAGUGA